AUGACCCCCGCGUGCGCUACUACCAUCACCCUGACACCCUGCGCGGCCGAAUGCAAUCGCAACCGGGCAAACGAGGGAGGUCGGCGAUAUGAGGGAGCGGCGUAUGCGAUAUUUCCUUCUGCAAUACCGCCAUGUGACCGGGUCGGUCACCCGAGAAUGGACCAAAGUGGGGGCCUCAAUAGUAGGUACUACGACAAGGCUGAUCCGGGCGCCCGAAGUUGGCUGGCCCUUGCUACAUGUUCUGGCACGUGUCGGCCCAACUUCACCACAAGUGUGGUGACUGGAGCUCUGGAUGCACUGCUGGCCAAUCGGCGACUGGUAACGCUGGUCUUCGCGGUGGCAGAUGUCGCCCUUAUCUGGUUGCUUAUCAAGGUGUUCCGGACCACCUUCCAGCACGAUUAG